AUGUCUUCCUCCAGCAGAUGGGGUGAUUCGCGCGGUCUCGCCUCUACCUUGCUCUCCCUUGUGCGACCGCAAUCGUCUCCCACCAGAGACGAUCCCCCAGCUUCAUCUGAGGCGCCACGAUCUAGUGCCAAGAAGCACAAGCACCGCAAACGCCGCGACCGCGAACACCAGCAGCAGGACCAAGACGACGACGCCAUGACGAGCGCAUCACAAGAACUUCCGCCCCUUCACAACGACCACGAGGCCAGCGAGGGGGAGGCCGACUUUGGCGCAUUGGAGGUGUUUGACAGCAACGCCGCAGCAUCGUCCCAAGCAGUCGAGCCCGCGUCCUCCAAAAAGAGCCGACGCGAUAAGAAAAAGGACAGCAGCGCGACCAAGGCGCAGAAGCGCGCGAACAGACACUCGAGCUCUGCCAAUGGCCAUGACUACGAGGAGCCUGCAGUGACCCCCUCUUCGCCGUCUAAGAAGAAGCGCAAGAAUUCCGACUCCUCAGACGGCAAGGAACGAAAGAAGCGCAAAUCGCAUGCCGCCAUUGACAGCAUUCCUGAGGAGCAGACCGAGCCUGCUCUACCGAGCUCGCCUUCCGCAGCUCGUGCGCACAAGCGUGGCCCGUCUGGCGAUGGUGCUGACCUGAACGGCGCCGACGUUGACGAAAUCGAGCGCGACGUGGAAGCUGUGGCCCGAGAGGCAUGGCAAGAACACAUCAGCAAACAGGCAUCACAGCUUCAGGACACCGAAAUGACAGAUACUGCCCCUGUCGCCGCAAUGGCACCGGUAGAGAUACCAGUAGAGGCGCAGGAAGAGGCACCGGCUGAUGACGCUACAACGACGCCAAGACGCGCACGCUCCACGCGCAAGAAGUCAAAGCCAACCUACUUUGAUCAGCCAGUCACAGACGCUUCACUAGACGCUUUCGGACAGCUCCCUUCGCCCUCGGCCGUGACACCCAAGCCUCGGCGCGCAAAGAAGGCGGCCUCUAAGAAGGGCCCCAGGCGGCAGCGCAAAGCCGACAGGGAACAGGAACUCUACGGUGGUGAAGCUUCUCGAGGGAACUAUACCCAAGGCAAAUUCAGCGACGAAGAACUGUCUCGUCUUGCUCACGCUAUCGAAAGUUUUAGAGCCGAGUACGACAUGGAGCAGCGCGAUGUCAACGAGAUGAUCCAAGCCCCUGGCGGAACCCAGGCUGGCGAAGCACAUGCGCAGCUCUGGCUUCGCAUCUUUGCUGAAUGCCCCGAUCGCCACCGACAAAAAGUGAUCAACGUUGCCCGGAAAAAGUUUCACAACUUUGUUGCGCGAGGUACUUGGAAUGAGGAGCAGGACAAUGAACUUUCCAGCCUCAUCAAUAUACACGGUUCGAAAUGGUCCUACAUUGCCGGCAUCAUCAACCGCCAUCCUGAGGACAUCCGCGACCGCUAUCGGAAUUAUCUUGUCUGCGGCGGCGCGCAGAAGAAGGAAGCCUGGGAUGACGACGAGGAAGCACGUCUUACGCGCUUUGUCCAAGAUGCCAUGGAGGCCAUUGACGAACUUCGCAGAAACGACCCUAGCAAGGAAUUGCUGCAAAAAUCGUACGAGGAACUCAUCGACUGGCAGAACAUCAGUGAGCGCAUGGAGCGCACGAGAAGCCGCCUGCAGUGCAUCACUAAGUGGAAGUCCAUGAACUUGCGAAUUCAUAGCAAGGACAAGCUCGCUUCUGCUGACCCCGACUCCAAUAUUUCCUUCAGACUUGACAAGGCCCGCCAUCAGCUCGAGGAUAUGCCUGACACCGAGAAGUAUCGUCUCGUGCUCGCCAUCAACUCUACGUCGGCCCCGACUGCUGCCAAGAUUCCGUGGCAGAAGCUGUGUGAUAAGCAGUUCCGUAGCUCGUGGCAUCGUUCCACGCAGGAGCUCGUAUGGAGUCGCUUGGUCAAGUCUGUCCCUGGCUCCGACAUGAGAACGGUCAGAGAUUGUGCCCAAUAUUUGGUGGACAAGUACGAUCAGGAUGGAGAACUGCCAAACAUUGGCGGAGAGGGCUGGGACGAUGACGAGGAGAUGGUGCUCAUCUCUCAAGUCCCAUUCGGGAAGAAGGAGAUCCGGCCAGACAUCAGCUCUGAGAAGCUCACCGCUGAAGACAUGCAAGGCGACGAUGAUGAACUUGCGGCUGAGACGCAGGAAAUGCAGAUUGACCCGGCCCUAGAAUCGCUUGCCGAGGUGCCGCAGGCUGCGAAGAAAGCCACUCCGGCGAAAAGGACUCAGAAUGGCAAGCGACCUUCAGCCAGGAAACCUAAGAGGCCGGUUGAACCGAUUGAGGAGUCUGCUGAUAUUGUUGAGGAAGCUGGAGCGGCCAACGGAGACGAGAUUGAUGAAAGCAGCCACCGCAAGCGCAAGACGCCGAGCAAGUUCAAAAAGGGCAAGACAAACAAGGCGCCCGUCGAGCCAUCCUCGGAUAUGGACGACAUGGACGAUCUCCCGUCUCGCGUGGAGGCUGAAUGA